GUCCAGUCUCUGUUCUCAGCUCUUCACAUUUCAAGUCUUUAUAGUAGCCAAUGUCAAUAGUGCCGCUAAUCAUUACGUAAUAAUUCUCCUACUGAUAAUAUUGUGAGCAAGCGGACCAUGCAUUUUUAACCGACCGUGAUGAAAGAGCUAGUUUGUGUCAAAGUUAUUCUGUUUGCUAAAGCUAGAGAACUAAGUGGUCAGAAGGAAAGUGAAAUAUUUUUAGAAUCUUCUUUAUCAAGUAAUAAGUUAUUGAGUGAAAUAGUUGAACAAUUCACUCUUGAACCUAUCCGAAACAACGUGAUUCUUGCGUUGAAUGAAGAGUAUGUAUUGCCCGAUUGUGAUGUAACGUUAAAAUCAGGAGAUACAUUGGCUGUAAUACCACCUUUAAGUGGAGGUUGAUUAUUCAUCAUGGAUUACCUGAAGCUAACUGAUGAUGUGCUUACUCUCGAUGAUCUUCUCAAAACAGUAAGCUCUCCUGAUUGUGGGGCUGUGUCCUUUUUUGUUGGUACGACUAGAGACAACUUCAAUUCACUCAAGGUUAAGCAACUAGUGUACCAAGCUUAUGAAUCGAUGGCCUACAAGGUAAUGAAAGUGGUUUGUGCCGAUAUUAGAAAGAGAUGGCCUGAUGUCAAACAUAUUGCCAUAUAUCAUAGGUUAGGCGAAGUGCCAGUAAUGGAAGCCAGUGUAGUUAUAGCUAUUUCAUCACCCCACAGACAGGCCAGUCUGUCAGCGGUGGACUAUGCAAUUAACACUCUUAAAUCUUCUGUGCCCGUUUGGAAAAAGGAAGAGUAUGAAGAUGGAGACGCUGCUUGGAAAGAAAAUAGUGAAUGUCCAUGGUCGACGUCAUCCACAAAACCAUCAUCAAAAUGCAUUUCAGAUGAAACAAAAUGUUCGUCAGAUGCAUCGAAAUUGUGCAAUAAAACUAGCUAAUAUUAGAUAGUUGAAGACAUUGGGCCGAUAAGACCAAUAUUGCAGGAUCAACGUCAUAAAUAACUAAGAUAUAAUUUCAAUUAGGAAGUGGAGUGAAGAUUGAGGAUUGUUAAGAAAUACAUUUAAAAUUGGGAUGAAUCCAUGGGAAAAGUAGAUGCCAAUAAGAGGUUAAUUAGUUAAAUUGAGCAGAUCAAAGGGACAGUUCAUUGUUACCCCUAUCCAAUUUUGAAUACGGGGUAAUGUAUUAUUAAGGCUGUGCAAAGGCUAAAAAUAAACUUUCUACUGGUGAUAUUUUUCAAAGUUUUUCAAUUUGUAUAUCAUCAAGCUAUCAAAAUGAAAAAGUUUUCUCGGGAAAACAUUUUUUUCCGAUCAUUACUUUUUGAGAUAUGAGCGCCUAAA